AUGCUCUCCGAGCUCCCAUCAGAGAUCAUUUAUCAAAUCGCAACACAUCUCCCGACUGCCAAUGCAUUGGCCCAUCUGUCCCAGACAUGUCACCGACUGCACGGCAUUAUCACAGCUGAAAAUUCUCGGAUCUUCCGAGCGUUUGUGCGAAGUAGAUUCCCAUAUAUCGAAACACCGCCAUUCUGGAAAGAUGCAGCACGAGCUUUGACCUCCAGGUCGCGGGCCUUGGACAGAAAAGCCAUCAUCGGAAGAUUUGUCGUGCCACCUGGAACAGCGACUAAAAUCGGUUCUCACGAGGUGACUCGCCAAGAUAACCCGACUCUCGGAUACAGACCUUCAAUUGAUUCUUACGAGAUCUGGAAUGGCCAGCGUUGGGCUGAUAGGAAAGAGGUUCUUGCCUGGGGUGCUGCCAACCAGCUUGUAAUGAGGAUCAAGCAAACUGGUAUUCGCUCGCAAGAAGACUGGCUUAUGUUCAAUGAUGUUGAUCAUGUUAGCAGCUAUGACGACAUUUGUUCUCUGCAUCUUUUGUCUUCAGGGACUCAAUACAGCAACGAUACCCACGUGGAGCAUCUGAUCUUCGGUCGGGUCCGAGGUGAUAUUGUUCACCUUGCCAUCUCUCCCAAUGAAGCAACCUUCGAGUACAAGCAGAAGUUCAUAUCAUUUGGACUCAGCCUCGAUAAAACAGAUUUGAGCAGUGGCACAGACUCUACUUUGGCUGCUCAUUUUGAAAAUGGAAGCAUCGCCUUCUACCGUACCGAGACUGACGACGAGGUAAUCGAGCCAUUCACAUGGCUUCGACUGGAAGGCUCGUCACGAACCAACUACUCCAAACUGCUAUCCUCAUCACUAGUUGCAGUGGGAACUGGAAAUGUGGAAAACUCCUUGUCUAUCUCGAAAAUCACACCAGACGGUGUCUCUGUAUAUCGAACAAUUGGAAUCGGUUCUUUAGACACCGACUCUACAAGUCUUAAAUCAAAGGCCAAUAUCGGCGCCAUUGAGCCUCUCAAUGAACACAACCUAGGCUCCCCCGGCGAAGUCUUUCUAACCGCCUGGGACGACUACACCGUCAGACUUCACGACCUGCGCUCCUCAAGGCCCUCCGAAGUCUCCUACAAAGACGCCACGGACCUCAAUCCCAUUUACAGCCUCCACGCCUUCGGCCAUGACCGCUUCCUAGCCGGAGCUGGCGGCGAAGCCGUGGGCUUCUCCAUAUUCCUCUCCCACCCACCACCCCCUACAUUCCCCCAACAAACUCCACACCCAGUCCGCACCCGCCAAAGAGGCCCCUACCGCGGCCCCAUCUACACAAUGUCCUCGCCCUCACCCUCCUCGCCGACCGUCUACACGGGCAUCGUGGACGGGGUCGUCCAGCUCGACUUUGCGUCUACGGAUGACUUAACCGGUCCGGGGAAAGAGUGGUACGAAUAUAAUCUGGACCUGGGUGUGAACAUGGGUCCGGGGGUUUCACCGCGCUGGAACGCCGAGGCAUUCAAUUUGGCUGGGUAUGAGCGCCCGGAUGACGAGGAUUCCGCUACCACUUCUAAGCUGAGGACUCAGCGCGCGUUUGCGGAUCUUGAGCCUGGGGAUGCUGCUCGUGGGACGCAUACGGAUUGGGAUUGUAGGUGGGAGACUUUGGAGGAGCCUGGGGCUUGGAGGAGGCAGGAUGGAUAG